AUGGAGGAUAUUGAGAAGAUAAAGCCGUACGUUAAUAGUUUUUCGAAUGCGUUGGAUGAACUGAAGCCAGAAAUCGAAAAACUAACGUCCAAACCGUUGGAUGAACAGCUGCUGCUGUUGUCUAGUGAGAGGGCUAAGCUAGAUUUAACUAACCGCUAUGCAUAUGUGUUGAGCUCUUUGAUGUUUGCUAGUAUGAAGGUCUUGAAUGUCAAAGACAUGUCUCCCAUACUAAAUGAACUGAAAAGAGUAAAGUCGUACAUGGACAAAGCCAAGCAGUAUGACAAUAAGAUAUCGAAAUCCAAUGAGAAGUCACAAGCGGAGAAGGAAAAGGCUAAGAGCAUCAUUUCCAACGUCUUGGACGGUAAUAAAAACCAAUUCGAACCCUCUAUAAGCAAGAAUAACUUCCAAGGGAAGCAUACGAAAUUCGAAAACGAUAAGCCGGUAGCCAAUGUGGUGACUAAGAUUAUUGACAACACCAAACAGAUAAGGAAAUCUGACAGUACGAAAAAUAAAAAAUCUGGCAGAGUAGGCAAAAAAGGGGGAAACAAGUAG